GUGGUGUUUUUACUGUGAUUAAAAUAAGACAAAGUGCAGGUUAUCAUUAAAUGGCUUAUGAACAUUAAAGGUUCAUUGGUGGAAUUUGAUGACAUCUAGUGGUGAAGAUGCAUAUUGCAGCUGAUGAAAGAGAACCUGAGGCAGCUUUCAGUUGUCAUGAAAACUGAAAAGGUGUUUGGUUUGUCCACUUUGGGCUACUGUAAAAAACAUGGCUACCUGCAUAGAGAGGACAGCCCAAUGUAAAUAAAAAGCAUUUCAAUAUAAAGGGUCAGUUUUAGGGUGAGGGAAAACAACAUUGACUGAAAUGUGUAAGAAUCCCUUUCACCAUAUUCUUACACACUGAACCUUCAAUUAUAUAAAUAUUUAUUUAUGGUUCCAUUUCUAGCCAUAGAUAUGAAAAUGUGUUUUCUCUUUGAAGUGAUGACAAAAUCUGAUAAUGGGACAAUUAGAGGAACUAGAGGUUGAAAAGAGUUUAUUCUAAACUUAAAACAACCCAAAUCAAAGCUUUCUUGCUUCCGAGUCCAACAUCUUAUCGCCUUUGUUUUGAUUGCAGGCCUGUUUCUUGUCCCUCUCUCAUGAUCUCUGUUGUUUCAGCUGGCUUUGGCUCACUGCCACGGAGGCUGGGGCCGCCACAUGAUUUCUAUCCUUUUCAUCAUCCCUGACAGCAGCUCAGAUAAGUUCAUCAGACGGAUCACGGUCGGACACUUCAGUGGAAGGAGCUGCGUUGGCAUCUCGUGUGGUAGAUAUGGGCGGGUGGAGGAUCAAGCUUUUCUGCUGCGGGUGGGUUCCCCAGGCCCACAGAGAGGAACUCUACCACCUGCUGAGGAUGACAGGGCCUCUGCUUCUCUCUCGAAUCCUCAAUUACCUCCUUCCAUUUGUGGUUACCAUGUUCUGUGGGCGUCUGGGAAAUGAGGUGAUGGCUGGCUACGGGUUAGCCUCGGCUACUAUAAAUAUCACCUCUGUAGCAACAGGAUAUGGACUGGGUUUGACAUGUGAUACAUUGAUCUCUCAGACAUUUGGUGGAAAGAACCUGCUGCGGGUGGGGGUGAUCCUGCAGCAGGGCAUCAUCAUCCUGCUGCUGUUCUGUCUGCCCUGCUGGGGUCUGCUGCUCAACGCCCAGCCCAUCCUGUUAUGUGUGGGCCAGGACCCUGAGGUAGCCAGAAUAGCCCAGCUGUAUAUCACAGCCUUCCUCCCUGCUGUACCUGCGAUGUUCCUGCAUCAUCUGCAGGUUUCUUACCUCCAGAACCAGGGUAUAAUAUUGCCGCAAAUGUACGCUGCUGCUCUGGCCAACAUAGCAAACGUGCUGACAAACUACAUCCUUCUUCACUGGCUGGAUCUGGAGGUCAGUGGAUCUGCUGCAGCCAACACACUCUCUCAGAUUUACAUCUGUGUGUUUCUGUUUGCUUACAUCCGGUGGAAGAAGCUGCACGUGAACACAUGGGGAGGCUGGUCUGUGGAAUCACUGCAGGAAUGGGGCUCCUUUAUGAAACUGGCCAUUCCCAGUACACUGAUGAAGUGCUUUGAGUGGUGGGUUUAUGACCUGGGGGGAUUCUUUGCAGGAAUGCUGGGUGAAGAUGAGCUGGCAGCGCAACAUGUUGUGAUAAUGGUGUCAUUUAUAACCUACAUGUGCCCUCUGGGUAUUCAAGCUGCAGCAUGUGCCCGUGUGGGUAACGCUCUCGGUGCAGGAGACAGUGCCAGGGCAAUUCUUACCAGCAAGGUUGCCCUCAGUCUUGCAGGCGGCAUCGCAGUGGUCGAGGGUCUGGUGCUUUGCUCCACUAAAUCAGUGAUUGGCUUCAUCUUCACCUCUGAUGAGAAGAUCAUAAAUCUGGUCUCCUACUUGAUGAACGCGUACUGUUUCCUUCAGUUCUUCGAUGGCCUUGUGUGUGUGUGCACCGGCAUCUUCCUGGGCGCGGGCAAACAGAAGAUACCAGCUGUGGCUAAUCUCAUUGGAUACUACUGCAUAGGCCUUUCACUUGGUGUUACUCUAAUGUUCGUGGCAAAGCUGGGAGUUCUGGGGUUUUGGCUGGGGCUGCUCGUCUGUGUCAUUUUACAAUCCACCUUCUACAUCAUUGUCAUCUUCAGGCUGAACUGGGAGAAGAUUACCGAAGAGACGGUGAUUCGAGCUCAGAAAAACGCUCACGUGACAUUGUUAAGAGGAACUGCUGAUGAAGACGCCGCGGGUGACAACACAGCGAGUAAUGACAACCCUGUGCAUGGCGACACGUCUGUGAGACCCGGGGGCCGUGACGGGAGCACCGAGACACAUGGGGGACAUGUGGUGCCGCGGCAGAACAAAGGAGGUCUCUCCACCACCCAGCUGGUGCUCAGACGAGGCCUCACUGUGCUGGCGGCAGUCGGGCUUCUGGCGGUGGGAGCGAGUGUUCACCUCCUCGUGCCCUUACCAGAGACCCCAUCCUCAAAGACCAAUGGAACAACUGACUGGAUCAAUACUACGUCCACUCCUGAUCACAUCUUCUCCACCAUGUUGCUCCCAAAUGAAGAGUCAGACAGACCUUGA